UCAGCCUUGGUCUCCGACCUCUUGCCACGGCCCUUUCGCUCCCCCUUCUUGGCCUUGUCGAUGCAUACUAUCUCUCGUCUCGGACCUUACCCUUCCUUUCUUGUACCUUCCCACCAUGCCACUGGUGUCGCUAUAUAACAACCCUCUCUGCGAAUCCGGUUACAUGUAUUACUCCCUCACCUAUACUCGUAUCUCCAUCCUGUGCCAUCCCGAGCCCUGAGGUCAUGCCGCCUGUGCUUGGCCUUCUCGUUGAUCCGAACACCUUCGUUUCCCGUGCUGCUUCUCCUCCGAAUGCGACCGUCGAGGCUUUGCAAGUUGUGUGUGCCUGGCCCGUCUCCGACCAGUAUGGACCGGGCUCGAGAGUCUUAUACUAUGUCCUCGUUCUAGCCUGCGUUCUGGCUCGAAAGAACGAGUGGCUCAGAAACGCCUGUUUAGCUGCCGCAUUACUUUUCCCCGCCGUUGCCGCCAUUCAUGGCAUCGCUAUCGCUUCCCUCCACAUCGAUGGCGCCAUCGACCUAGACGUGUAUGGAAUCUUCCAGCUUUGCUCCAUCGGCAUUCUGGCCGCUCCGGUCACCGCGAGGUUAUCCACAACUUAUUUCAACGAUCCAGGUCGAAAUAUCAUCUUCAUCUGGACAAGCCUCAUAUUGGCCGGCUUGAUAAGCUUGAUGGUGGAGUUCUACCGCCAGCAUGAGUCGGAUUGCCUGGACAACUUGGGAAAUCCCGUCCCGAUGAAUACUGGUUCCUUCCCCUACGAGCAACAUACCUGUGGCCUCACCUGUUCGACCACAGAAGGGCCGUCCUCUCCCUUUCGAGGUGGUUCGGCCAAUGAAAUCUACGUCAUCCCGGCUCCGAGCAAAGUCACCUUCGGAACCGCAACGCUGCUCGCUGCUGCGUGCUGCAUUCCCGCCGUCCUUUCCUUGGUGUCUAUGUGGAACAAGAUCCUAAAGGACAACUGGCUGAAAUUGAUUUACAGCGAUGACCAAGAUGAAACCAACGAGAACGAUCUCAUCCAAGGCACAAAUGGUGCAACCCUCAAAGACAUGGAAGGGAUCAAUUCCGUCAUCCGGAAAUUUCUGUCCGCGAUCGAAGCCCCAUUCUUCGUCGGUGCAGUGGGGUUUGUCCUCAUCAUCGGGGAACUGAACUUUUUUAGCCAGCCAAUGCUUUACGGAAUCGAGCCCAUGGCAUGCAUUGGUGGCUGGGGUCCAAUCCUUGCCGCCGGAUUGGCAGCUCUGGGGUCGUUGUAUGUUCUUCAUAUCCCCCAGAGCCCUCCGCAGCAAAGGAAUGCUUCGGACCCGAAAGGGUUAAACGGAAACGGAAGAGAAGUCUAUACUCCGGACUCGGAAUCUGAUACAGCGACAGGUGCGGCGGACCCAACACAGGAUGAGCGACAUGCUUCCAUUAGAAGACCGCCUCCAAGAGAUCAACAAACCGAGAUGGUGGAGGUUGAAAGGGUCAGAUCGGGAUUGAGCUCGGGCUCUGAUGGACCCCGAUCGCCCACCGACUUGCAAGCCAAUGGAAGGCCGCAUUCAACGAUGGACUCGGAUGACCACGAUCGAGCACAUCGACUUUCAAUGCCAAGUGUCGACGUUGGGGCUCGAAAACAGGUGGCCAAGGCAUUGAACUCGGUCAGUGACUGGUUUGUUACUCCAGCGCCGGACCGAUACGAUUAUUCCGAGUUCAAGUUCGGCAGGGCAGGAAUGUACCCCACCGUUCCAGGAGAGGCGAGUCGGAAUAAACAGCUGCGACACACCGAAGAGCAGUACCGGGCCCUGAAGGGCGAGGAGGGCGCCCCGACUGGUCUGAGCCGACGAGCCUCACGGAUAAGCUUUGCAGAGAGUGGAGUCGCCUCGAGGUCGCCGUCGCCGUCCCCAUCUAUGCGAGCACCCAUGCAAGCAAGGAUUCGGACCAUGUCCGACCCUAUCGAGGCUUCUCGAUCGACGUCUGAUCCAAGCCCCGGAUUUCAGCCAAGACGACGGGACACUCUUCAGGUGCCGUCGCCCUACCCGAGCCCUACACGACCUACACCGGCGGUUGUGUUGACGCCGAGCGUUCCUUCUUCGCCCACAAUUGUACUCUCCUCCCCUCCAGAUACAGCUUCACCAGCGGACAUCCCGGAUUGAAACCCUCCCGCGCCUUAGUUAUCAAGAGCAGUGCCAGGAAACAUCGACCAAUCCUACAGGAUCUUCAA